UUUCUGCUCCCAUGGGACAGAUUCUUGAUAGAUUAAACUCAUUUGGCGAAUUUCAGGUAGUGCAUUUUGGGGACAAAGUUAUUCUCAACGAUCCAAUUCAGAGCUGGCCCUGUUGUGAUUGCUUGAUUGCCUUCCAUUCCACUGGAUAUCCUUUGGACAAGGUUGAACAAUAUGCUGCAUUGAGAAAGCCUUUCCUUGUCAAUGAAUUGGAGCCCCAACACCUUCUUCAUGAUCGCAGAAAAGUAUAUGAGCAUCUAGAGAUGUUUGGGAUCCCGGUUCCCAGAUAUGCUUGCGUUAAUAGAGAAGUGCCUUAUCAACAACUGGAUUAUUUUGAGGAAGAAGAUGACUUUGUCCAAGUUCAUGGGAAUCGCUUUUGGAAACCUUUUGUGGAAAAGCCUGUUGAUGGUGAUGAUCACAGAAUAAUGAUAUAUUACCCUAGUUCAGCAGGCAGCGGAAUGAAGGAAUUGUUCCGAAAGGUUGGUAACCGCUCAAGUGAGUUCCAUCCAGAUGUUAGAAGAGUGAGACGUGAAGGAUCAUACAUAUACGAAGAAUUCAUGCCUACAGGAGGAACAGAUGUUAAGGUGUAUACUGUUGGCCCAGAAUAUGCACAUGCAGAGGCAAGGAAAUCUCCGGUUGUUGAUGGAGUUGUGAUGAGAAAUCCUGAUGGAAAAGAAGUCAGGUAUCCUGUUCUAUUAACCCCUUCAGAGAAGCAAAUGGCAAGAGAAGUUUGCAUAGCUUUCAGGCAAGCUGUUUGUGGCUUUGAUCUGUUGCGUUGUGAGGGGCGUUCUUAUGUUUGUGAUGUGAAUGGCUGGAGCUUUGUGAAGAACUCUUACAAGUACUAUGAUGAUGCGGCGUGUGUGUUGAGGAAGAUGUUUCUAGAUGCAAAAGCUCCACAUCUUUCAUCCACGAUACCACCAACUUUACCAUGGAAGGUUAAUGAACCUGUUCAGCCUUCUGAGGGACUAACACGUCAAGGAAGUGGGCUUAUUGGCACAUUUGGACAAUCAGAGGAGCUUCGAUGUGUAAUUGCAAUUAUUCGGCAUGGUGAUAGAACUCCAAAACAGAAAGUGAAGUUCAAGGUCACUGAGGAAAAGCUCUUAAAUUUGAUGUUAAAAUAUAAUGGGGGAAAACCAAGAUCUGAGACAAAGCUUAAGAGUGCCGUGCAAUUGCAAGAUCUUUUGGAUGCCACCAGAGCUCUAGUACCACGUACUAGACCUGGUAGGGGAAGUGAUAGUGAAGCAGAAGAUUUUGAGCAUGCUGAGAAGCUACGUCAAGUUAAAGCAGUUCUUGAGGAGGGGGGACAUUUUUAUGGGAUCUAUAGAAAAGUUCAGCUAAAGCCACUACAGUGGGUUAAAGUGCCUAAAUCUAAUGGUGAAGGUGAAGAAGAAAGACCUACUGAAGCUCUUAUGGUUCUAAAAUAUGGAGGUGUUCUCACUCAUGCUGGAAGAAAGCAGGCUGAAGAGCUUGGAAGAUACUUCCGUAAUGACAUAUAUCCAGGUGAAGGUACUGGCCUACUUCGUCUUCAUAGUACAUAUCGUCAUGACUUAAAGAUAUACAGCUCAGAUGAGGGUCGUGUGCAGAUGUCCGCCGCUGCAUUUGCCAAAGGUCUACUUGACUUGGAAGGACAAUUGACACCUAUCCUGGUAUCACUGGUUAGCAAGGAUUCAUCUAUGCUGGAUGGGCUUGCCAAUGCCAGUGUUGAGAUAAAAGAAGCAAAGGCGAGGUUGAAUGACAUAAUUACUUCUGGAUCAACGACUAGUGGAUCUUCAGAAAAGCCUUGGAUGGUUGAUGGAGGUGGACUCCCACCUAAUGCAUCUGAACUUAUGCCCAAGUUGGUGAAAUUGACUAAGAUGGUGACAGAACAAGUGAAGCUGCUUGCUAAGUAUGAAGAUGAAGAACUCGCAGAGACAAGUUCCUAUGAUGUGAUUCCUCCAUAUGAUCAAGCUAAAGCACUUGGUAAAACAAAUAUAGAUGUUGAUCGUAUUGCUGCAGGCUUACCUUGUGGCAGUGAGGGAUUUCUACUCAUGUAUGUGCGUUGGAGAAAACUUGAGAGAGAUUUAUAUAAUGAACGCAAAGAUCGUUAUGAUAUCACUCAAAUUCCAGAUGUUUAUGACUCUUGCAAGUAUGAUCGUGUGCACAACUCACAUCUAAAGCUAGAGGAUUUGGAUGAACUCUUUGAAGUUGCAAAGCUCCUCGCAGACGGUGUUAUUCCCAAUGAGUAUGGGAUCAAUCCAAAGCAGAAGCUGAAGAUUGGAUCAAAAAUUGCUCGCCGAUUGUUGGGUAAAAUUUUGAUUGAUCUGAGGAAUACUCGGGAAGAAGCUCUAAGCGUUGCUGACUUGAAGAGUAGUCAAGACCACGAUUCAGCAGUGAAUGAGACGGGGAAUGAAGAUUCAGAAUAUCAUCCCAAGCUUAACAAUAGGAGUGAUCACAACCUUAAAAAAAGAGGUAGCUUCACCAGUGAAAAAUCAACAGACCAGGAUGAUGAUGAGGACAAAGAGACCAAGUACCGGUUAGAUCCAAAGUAUGCAAAUGUGAGGACACCAGAAAGACAUGUGCGGACACGCCUUUACUUUACAUCAGAGUCACAUAUACAUUCCUUGAUGAAUGUUAUUCGUUACUGCAACUUGAAUGAGUCUCUUCAUGGAGAGGCCAGCCUUGUGUGUGACAAUGCUUUAGAUCGCUUGUUCAGAACCAAGGAGCUUGACUACAUGAGUCAUAUUGUAUUGAGGAUGUUUGAGAACACAGAGGUGGCUUUGGAAGACCCAAAAAGGUUUCGCAUAGAAAUGACUUUCAGCCGUGGAGCAGAUCUAUCAUCAUUAGAGAAAAAUGAUAAGGAAGCGAGUUCAUGGCAUCAGGAGCACAUAUUGCCAGUUAUGGUUCCUGAAAGGCUUCAAGAAGUGGGAUCACAUCUUACAUGGGAUAAUAUGGAAAAUAUGAUUCAUCCAUUCGCCAUGCCGGCUGAAGAUUUCCCCCCACCAUCAACCCCUCAAGGUUUCUCAGGCUACUUUUCAAAAAGUGCAUUAGUUCUAGAGCGCCUCGCUAACUUAUGGUCCUUUCACAAGUAUGGGAACUCUAAUGGCAAGUAGUGCCUUCCUUUUUGUUUUCCCUUUUCGUUUACUCUAACCGAGGUUUGAGAUUGUCGUAUUGAGGAAUCAAUAGUAGCUGGAGAGUUCUGGGAAAACAUUAUUGAAAAUGUCUUCCUUUUUUCCUUGAUACCAUCAUUAUCAUUCAUUCAUAUAAGUAAUGGAAAGUUUUGCAAUGAA